UGUGCUCUGCACAUACCGAGGUGAUAGGCGGCGCUGCUCGCUGUGCCACUGAGCCGCCUAGAAUUAUUUAGUAGCUGAAUUCUUCUCGAUGUCACUCUGAGGCGGAGGCGUCAAUAUGUGGGGAGUCAGUCUUCCCUUCUCUCCUGGAUUACUCACGAAUACCAGCAGCUUUCAAACCGCAAGGUCUGCUUAAAGACCAGCAGUGGGAGUUUCAUCCGUAACGCGUAUCAGGCAGCAUAACCGAAAUUUCAGCUCGGCGUUUUGAUUCCGGUAGGAGCGAUCUGGAGUUGUACAAGCCAUGUUUGGCGGAGUUUUUCUCCUCGGAUUAAAGUGAGUCUGCGAUAAAAAGCAACGAAUCCCAAGACGAAACUACUGUUUGUGAGGACGGCAUCCGGCCUCCGUAGCAACAUCGAGGUCGGGAAAUCCGAUUGUUAAAAAAACACGUUUUUGACUGUGCGGUUUGGUAUUCUCUCCUCCCUCCUGAUGCCCUGUGUCAGAUGAGCAAGAUGUGCAGUGGUGCCACAGAACACAGGGUGCUGGUGUUCUGCAUUUACACAAGCACGUAAUGAAGGCUGCAAACACAAAGGCCCUCUCCCACGAGCACCACCCGAUGGAAAAGAUGAAGAAGUUCAAGCGGCGCCUGUCUCUCACGUUGCGCGGGAGCCAGACCAUCGACGAGUCCCUGUCGGAGCUGGCGGAGCAGAUGACCAUCGAGGAGAACAGCAUCAAAGACAAUGAGCCAAUUGUGAGGAAUGGCCGGCCGCCCACGUCGCACAGCAUGCACUCCUUCCUGCACCAGUACACCGGCUCCUUCAAGAAGCCGCCCCUGCGCCGGCCGCACAGCGUCAUCGGCGGCAGCCUCAGCUCCUUCAUGGCCAUGCCCAGGAACGGCAGCAGGCUAGACAUAGUGCAUGAGAACCUGAAAAUUGGUUCUGAUGGAGAGAGUGACCAGGCAUCUGGGACCUCCUCUGAUGAGGUCCAGUCUCCUACGGGCGUGUGUUUGAGGAACAGAGUGCACCGGCGCAUCUCCAUGGAGGACUUGAACAAGCGGCUGUCCCUGCCUGCAGACAUCAGGAUACCUGAUGGCUAUCUGGAGAAGCUACAGAUGAACAGCCCUCCGUUCGACCAGCCCAUGAGCCGGCGUUCUCGCAGGGCUUCGCUUUCUGAAAUUGGAUUUGGGAAGCUGGAGACGUACAUCAAGUUGGACAAGCUUGGAGAGGGAACAUAUGCAACGGUUUACAAGGGCAGGAGCAAGCUGACCGAUAACCUGGUAGCGCUGAAGGAGAUCAGGCUGGAGCACGAAGAGGGAGCCCCCUGCACGGCCAUCCGAGAAGUGUCUUUAUUGAAGGAUCUGAAGCACGCAAAUAUUGUGACGUUGCAUGACAUUGUUCACACGGAUAAAUCGCUCACACUAGUGUUUGAAUACCUGGACAAGGAUCUGAAACAGUACAUGGAUGACUGUGGGAACAUCAUGAGUAUGCACAAUGUGAAGAUCUUUUUAUUUCAAAUUUUGCGGGGCUUGGCCUACUGCCAUCGGCGGAAAGUCUUGCAUCGGGACCUGAAGCCGCAGAAUCUGCUCAUUAAUGAGCGAGGAGAGCUAAAGCUGGCAGAUUUUGGAUUAGCAAGAGCCAAGUCUGUCCCUACAAAGACCUACUCCAAUGAGGUGGUAACGCUAUGGUACCGGCCCCCGGAUGUCCUUCUGGGAUCCUCAGAGUACUCUACACAGAUUGACAUGUGGGGUGUGGGCUGCAUCUUUUAUGAAAUGGCGGCUGGCCGGCCCUUGUUUCCUGGCUCAACAGUAGAAGAUGAACUGCACUUAAUUUUUAGACUCCUAGGCACUCCUUCAGAAGAAAACUGGCCAGGGAUAUCAUCCAUCGAAGAAUUCAAAUCUUACAACUUUCCCAAAUACAAACCACAGCCUUUGAUCAACCAUGCCCCAAGGCUGGACUCUGAAGGAAUUGACCUGUUGUUAAUGUUUUUACAAUAUGAAUCCAAGAAGAGGAUUUCUGCCGAUGAGUCUAUGAAACAGACCUACUUCAAAAGCCUUGGAACUAGGAUACACGCACUACCUGAGAGUGUGUCAAUAUUCUCUCUGAAAGAGGUUCAGCUGCAAAAAGACCCAGGCUUUCGAAGUUCAUCUUACCCAGAAACAGGAACUGGCAAAAACAGAAGACAGAGUAUGCUUUUCUAGACUCUUUCUUAGCAGUUUAGUAGAAACAAGGACUUAUUUCUGUUUUCUAAACCGACCAACCAGCCAAGGGGUGAUGUGAAGGCUUGUCCUCGAACCUGCUAGAGUGGACCUUUCAAGCAGACCCUCUGUGCCACCACUGUCCUUCACACAGAGGAGUCCUGCUCCCCGAUGAGCCUGCGGCCUGCGUUUUAUAUUUGCCUGUCACAGUGUGACAUUUUGUACAGAUGGUCUUUGGGUUCUUCUCAGCAGUCGGAGCUGCUGCGGAUAUCGAGCAGGACUGAGAAACACCAUGUGUUAUUUAUUGGGGAAUCAUGUGCUGCUAAACGACUACUGUCUAUAUUUAACACGCUGAAGAAGUUGCAGUGGCUUUUGUCAUGUGAACUUGCCUGAUUAUCUUCUACGACAGAUGAUUUGCAGAAUUUUGUACUCGUUUUGUGUUUCGGAAUCAAAUGUUUCUUCGAUUCUCAUGUAGAUUCCACCUGACUUCAGAACUGUUUGACUUUGAAGUAAGACUUUGUCAGGAGAUGAGCUUCACUGAGCUGUAAACCUGGUUUUCCUUCAGCCUCACACAGGCAGACUCUUUGAAUGUUUUUUAGAUUCGGCGAAAAGUCCUUUCUAGAAUUGAAAUUUGCCAAUUAAGGUCUGUAUUUAUUCAGGCAAAACAAUUAAGAGCAGUAUCUUCGCAGGAAUAUAAAUGCAUACUGUAACCCUGUUCGGUAGUGCCUACAGUUGUAUACCCAGCAGACUUCCCCACGAUUUGUGACCUGAUCAUUUCAUAGAGUCUCACUACAUUCUUACUAACUCCCCCACCUUCUAAACUGAAUCAUAGGCAAUUUUAUCUCUAUCUUGACCAUAUAAGCAAAGAUGCACAAAAAUGCAAAGCAAAAUCUCAAAACCUUCCUCAACAGAGUUCAUGGAUUACAGUCUUCUGUAGAAAAAUCCAUUUUGCAAUCCAAGACAUCACUUGGAUAAUUGGUUGCGGCAUUCAAGGACACACCUCUAUUACUAUAGAUGUAACUUUUAGAGAGAGAAUACACUGGAGCAUAUUAAAAGAGGGCAUUAAUGACAGUAAUGUGAUCCGUUUAUUAGAUUGGCACCUCGAAGCCGCCACAUAGAGAUGUACAUUUUUGAAAGCUGUAUUUUUUUGGGAGGGGGGGUUAUUUUUUGGCUUUGGCUGAAUUCUGUAUUUAAAUUCCCUACUUUGCUACUGCAUCUCGGUGAAUAUCUUGUGUCUGCUUCGGCAGCCAAUCCUUGUAUGCAAUUGUGUUUGCCUUUAAGAAAUAGUUUUAGUGCAUCUAAUUUGACUGUAAAUGUUUUGCAGUUUUGAUAGCUCUAUUAUGUAAAAUGGUCAUUGUUGGGGGGCAAAAUGAGUCUGUUUCUGACAGUCACUGUAAACGCGUUCAGGGUCCUCUCAUUUCUGUAGUUUAUUUAACAGUAUUAAGAGACUUUUUUGUAUGUUACAUUUUAACUUUAUUUGUGAAUUGUAAUUGUGGCAUGUUGGGGGCAAUGUGUUUCAUUAGUAUUUUGUGUUUUCUUUUCUAGAAAAAGAAAGAAACUGAAAAUUUGCCUAAAAGAAAACAGAAAACACGUUUUGUGUAACAGUAGACAUUGGACCACUAUUCCUUUUUGGCAUUUAGAAUUCUGAAAAUGGUUUCAAAUUGAAAUUUGAGGCUUAACAAUCUGCUGUGUUGUUUUCAACUGACAAUGAUGUAUUAAUAAUGUACUUUUACCAAGUAUGAAAAUUACAUGACCUCUUUGUUGAAACUAUGUGGAGGACUGUGUCAGAAAAUUGAAACAUCAGUCUUGUGUACUUUCUGCUUAUACGGAACAGAGUCCAGUGGUAGACUGUUGUUGGCAAUUUAACACUUUUUAUUAGAUUUAUUUAUUUCUCGUAACCAUUGAAGUAAAUCUAGUCUCGAUUUCGUACAGAACA